ACCCCGCCCCUCCUCCUCUCUUUGUCUCCGCGGUACACGGAUCUGGCGCUGUGAUUUACUUCAGAGUUUAGCUAAUAAACUGUAGUCGGUUUAGCUAAUAAACUGUUUUCACUUGUUUAGCUGUCCUCUUCUGGAAUUGGGCCCCGAGGACCGGAGAAAAGCCAGGAUGACAGGGCGGAAACGGAACGAACCAUAGACCAAGCCCAGAAGGAACGCUGUCCUCUUCUGGAAUUGGGUUCCGAGGACCGGAGAAAAGCCAGGAUGACAGGGCGGAAACGGAACGAACCACAGACCAAGCCCAGACAGAACGGUGUGUGUUACCAGUCUGGCGCCACCUGUGCCAGACCCACGCAUCAGGCCUCCAGUGCGCCUGUCCAGUCCGAUGUGUCCUGUUCCUGGUCCACGCUCUCGCCCUGAGUCGUUUACAGUCUGGCGCCACCUGUGCCAGACCCACGCAUCAGGCCUCCAGUGCGCCUGUCCAGUCCGAUGUGUCCUGUUCCUGGUCCACGCUCUCGCCCUGAGGUGCGUGUUACCAGUCUGGCGUCACCUAUGCCAGCCCCACGCAUCAGGCCUCCAGUGCGCAUUCCCAUUACAGAGCUUCCGGCGACAGUUCCCAGUCUGGAACCUCCUGAGAUGGCCCGCAGUCCGGAGCCUCCUGAGACGGCCCGCAGUCCGGAGCCUCCUGAGACGGCCCGCAGUCCGGAGCCUCCAGCGACGGCCCGCAGUCCUGAGCCUCCAGCGAUGGCCCGCAGUCCGGAGUCUCCAGCGGCGGUCCGCAGUCCGGAGUCUCCAGCGGCGGUCCGCAGUCCGGAGUCUCCAGCGGCGGUCCGCAGUCCAGAGCCUCUGGCAAUGAACCACGGUUCGGUUCCUCCUCUGACGAUCCACGGUCUGGUGACACAAAAGCGGAGGCAUCAGCGGGAAAAAGCGGGGGCUACGCCCCGAACCGGAGCCGCCUCCUGUGAUGCUGGAUUCGCAGGAGAGGGUUCAUCGUCCUGCACCAGAGCCGCCACCGACAUUAGACACCCACCCUAACCCUCCCUUUUUUUUGUAAUUUUUUUUGUUAGAUGUUUUGCGUUCGGCGUCCGCACCUUUGGGGGGGGGGUACUGUCACGUCCUGACCAUAGAAGCUUUUAUUUUCUAUGGUAGAGUAGGUCAGGGCAUGACGGGGUUGUGUCUAGUUUAGAUUUUCUAUGUUGUCAUGUUCUUGUUUCUGUAU